UGAGGUUGUUGGUGUUCAUUUCCCUCCAGAGGUGAGUGCACCCCAUUUUAUCAUUAGAACCCCCAAAGGAUGUUGUGCACAUGCGCGUUGUGCAAUCUACCGGAGCGCGAGAGGUAGGGAAGGGAGUCCUAAUGGCGGAGACUGUACGGUCGCCUUUCGACUACCGGGAACCACCGACCCUCGACAGCGACGGAGAUGGGAGCAAACCGCCGCCGCCAAGGGGCCGCGUGUGUGGGAGAAAAAGGAAGGGGACACCUGUGAAGGUGUGUGACCGAGCGUAUGUAACAGAAGAUGAGGAGGAGGAGAGCAUGUCGGAGCACAGCUACAGCCCCGGUGAUAGCCAGUAUCCAGAGGGUGCAGAAGACCGCCUCCCUCCACCUGGCAGUCCCUACUACCUGCCCGAUCCCACUCAGCUCUGCGUGCCGGAGUUGGGGGAGGAGGGAGCGAGUGGUGUGCGAGGACCCGUGCUCUUCCAUCCGCCGCCAAACUGCAGGAUUCGAGAAGUUCACUGCGGGACCCAGGUUCGGUUAGUUGUCAUAGCAAUCCGAGAUAUCGCCAAAGGGGAGGAGAUCACAGUGGACUACAGCCUGACGGACUGGGGCGAGAACGCAAUGGAGGAAGAGGGCGGCCCUCACCCACUGUCCCUCUCUGUUUCCGAUUACCUUACCCCGUCCUGGUCAUUAUCACCUUCAUCCUCCCCUCUCACGCACUCUGAGCCCAGUGACUCAGACCGCGAGGAGGAUGAAGAGGAGGAAGACGAUGAUGACGACGACGACGAUGAAGAGGAGGAAAUCGAGGAGAUGAGGGGUCGAAUGCUCCGCCGGCGCAAGAAGCGCAAGCUGCCGGCGGUGGUUAAUUCUAAGAAGAAAACCACACCCACCACCGCGAGAGGACCGGGCCGCCCCUGCUCAUCCUUUUCCCGCCCGGCACCUGUCCCACCUCCAGCCAGAUCCCAGUCCCAGCCCCCAGUCGGCACCCUGGCAACCCCGACCACCAACAUCAACAACAACAUCAAUAUAAACAUCGGCAGCUCCAGUGGUGCCACAGUGAGCCGGCGGCAGCACUGCCCGUACUGCGGACGCCACUAUCGCUCUCUGGCACGCCACCUGGAGAAGCACCACGCCAACCAGCCGGAGGUCAGAACAGCCAUGGAGAUGGCACACAUGCACAGUUCUUCAAACGGCAGCGCCCCGCACCCUCACCCCUCAUCGUCCUCCGCUGCCACCCCUCACAGUCAUUCCUUUGCUGUCCCUCAGCCAUCGGCCUCCAACCCUGCCCCACCCUCUCUCUUCUCCCGGGAGAAGGAAUCGCCAGCUACGCGCUCGAGCACAGGCGCCGUCUCGUUCUCCCUCUCGCUUUCGCCGCCUUCCUCGACUCAGCCUGCGGCCACCAAGAAGGGGCCUAGCUUACCGCCCCCCGCCGCAAAACGGCCCACAACCCCGAUGGUGUCACGGGUGAAGAGUCCGUCACCACCUCCCCCGUCUACGCCUAGAAGGGGUCGCAGGAUGAAGAAAGAAAAGCAUGAAGAGCAGCAAAAGGUGGAGGUGGAGAACUCGAGAGCUCAAGAGGAGCUGGUUCCACCUCCAACUCCAGAGCCAGACGUAGAUCCAGAUGAAGAUCUGGAGUUGAGUGGAGAAGGAGAAGAGGAAGCACCAGAGGAGAAAAAUGGAGAGAUUGUGAGACAUCACAUGUCUCCGCUGCUCUCCUCCCUCUCCUGUUUGGUCCUCUACCUCCGCCGCCAGCAGCACUCCUCUUUCCUUUCUUUAACCCGUUCUGCUCACUCCGCCGAGGCCUGGCGCCUGCUCUGCCAUUCCAGCCUCUCCCUGCUCAUCCUCUACAACCGCCACCGGGAAUGUGAGGUGGCCAAGCUCACUAUCCAGGACUACCGCAGCCGCACCACCCCCCCCCAGGCCAACUCCAUCAGCAGCAGCAGCAGCUCUCCAUCUGGCAUGGAAACCCUCCUGUCCCCCUUUGAGCGUCAGGUCCUCAGUCACCUCCCGAGGGCCGGUGUUUUGGGCAAACGCGGUCGCAUCCAGCCGCUUAUUUUCCCACCACACUGUGAGUCCUGCCUGGACCUACUCCUUCAAACCAGCCCCAAUGUGGGUGUAGACCCAGAGAGUCCCUAUGUCUUUUCCCGGCCCUACCACUCUCCUGCAACCCCUCUCCGGGGCACAGACCUUCUGAGAAACCUGGCACGAGCCAGCGGGGCUAAGAACCCCGGAGCACUGACAGCAACACGCGUGAGGCGGCAGGUAGCAAUACUUACUCAACUGCUGCUAUUAGAAGAAGGUGAGGGCCAGGGCGGAGCUACCAAACGGCUGGAGGACUUCCUCGAACGAGAGUACCACGUGACCCAGAACUGCUCCUCAAUCCUGCGGGAUCCGGCACUGAUGGGUCGCGUGGGUCGGGUCGUCCUUUACGGAGAGAGGGAGGGCGUGCUUUUCCGAGGAAUGAGCCUGCAGCACAUCUGCCUCGAAUUGGACGUAAUGUCUGGCAACUCAGCAGACUCGUUUUCAGAAGAUUCCGAGGCAGAGGAAGAAAAGGAGGAAGUUAAGGAGAAAGCUGAGGUGGUGGUGAAGAAGAAAGGACCAGGGCGACCGCCACGGAAGAAGAGAGCACCCAAUCCUUCUCCAGUCAGCCCGACGAUAGCCAACGUUCACAAGAGGAGAUGUAUUCCACCCAAAUCAGGGAAGCGCGGCGUGCUGAAGCGGCCUUGGUCGGAGGCGGAGCGUGUAGCCGUGGAGACUCACCUCAAAAGAAACCUCAUGGAGCUGCGAGUCCCUGCGAAGGCGGACUGCGAGCGCUGCCUCGAACUCUGCCCCCUGCUAGUGAGCAACCAGCGAGACUGGAGGGCCAUUAAGUUUUACGUCCACAAUCGCAUCCAGCUGCUGAAGAAGCAAGGCAGGAGGGAAAGCGCUGCUUCCGUCUGCUAGGGCAAAAAACACACAAAUGUGGGAGAGGACAGAAAUCAUAAUGUAUAAACCACCAGCAAUCAUAAUGAACAGGAAAAGUCUUGGGUCAUGGUGGAGUGCAGCUUCUCUUUUUCAUUUCUUUCCUGGGUGUGGUACCUGAAGAUAGGUGCCUAGUCUCAUCACUCCUCGUUAUACGUGAGUAGUGUAAUUAAACUGACUAAGCUAAGAAAACAGAUGGGUCGCUCCAGUUAGGAAUCGUUCAUGCUCAGUGUUUCGGAUGCCCAGUGACUGUUUUCCAGAUGUGUUUUUAAGCAGUUGGACAAGGUGUACUUAAAAAUGUGAAUAUGAGUUCAGACACAGUGAAUGCUUUUUUUUUUUUUUUUUUUUUAAGAUUAUUUUUAAUGUCAUAUUUUUGUUGUUUUUAGAUAGUUGACAGUGGAGAGCAGUAUGACGUAUAGGAGAGGGAAGAUGACAUGCAACAAAGGUUCCUGGAGUGAUACCAGGUUGCAGUAUGCACUUUAGACCACCAGGACACGCUACAGCAAAUGAUCCGUGGUCUUAGUGUUUGCUUCCACUGAGGGCUGAUGACCAAACAUGAACAUGUAAAGCUUUGGAGGAAAAAACCAAUGGUUCCGAUCUUUAAAAAAAUGUCUUCAGGACUGAGACGUGUAUGAACUUGUAUAGUUUGUGUUUGAUAUUGACUGGCAUUGUACCCAUCCCCUACCCCAUGGCCUACAACUGACGAGUGUUUUAAGAAGUAUUCUUCAAAGUGUUGGACCAUGAUGCACCUGUGAAGUGGUUCUUGCAUACCCCCUUAUACCAUGAUCAUAGUCAGACUAUUAUGUAUCAAGGCACGCCUACUUGAAUUUAUUGCGUAUCAGAAUAAAAAAAAAAAAAUUUAUUACAUAUGGUCUUAUUCACAAUGUAAAUACUUCUUAAUCUAUGAAAAGUAUACAGUAGUGAUGGCAAAGUUAGUAUUGUGUUAUGGUGUAUAUACUGUAAAUACUACCUGUACUUAUUAAAGUGUAUGACAUUUUGCUGUGUUUUCUUAAACUGGAUUGUAAAGUGAGUUUUACAUUGUGGACACAGACUGACACAAAGAAAACAGAAAUAACAAAUAAAUACAAGAUCCCAUAUUGAUUGAGUUCAUUCAAA